UAGAAAUGAAAAAUUCAUAGUUAAAAGAAUGGAGGGGUCCACCAACCCUGAGGGACAAUUAGCAGCUAAUGUACCUUUAAGGGCUGAGCAAACAAGGUGGACCGGUUUCUUAGCAACAGCCAGGUUUGCAGCAGGUGGACAAUUAGGUUUUAGUAUAACAUUAGUUAAAAGAGGCCCUGCGGGGGGGAGGAAGGUGAGGGACGUUUUAACUGGACAGCAGUACUGUCUGGGUUUAGAGACUCCACAGAAGACCCGAGUGACGGACGAGAGUCGAGUUGGACCUCCCGGUCGGGAAUCACGCUUUUUUGAAGGCAAUCCGUUGGAGUCGAAAUCGCAGACGCAAGACAAGCAUUCGGCUUUCUACAACACUCCCACCUGAUGGUGUCCUGCCGUAACGACAGAUCAGAUGUGGACAACACACCCAACUGGUGGUGUCCUGCUGUAAUGUCAAACCUGCUAUGACGGGAAGUGCAGAAGAAACUCCGUGAGAUGCAGGAUGUCUGGUUCAGCAAUAAGGCAGAUGAGAUCCAGGGCUACGUAGACAGUCACGACACCAAGCGUUUCUACGACGCUUUGAAGGCUAUGUAUGGACCUCAGUCCUCUGGCUCCUCCCCACUCCUUAGUGCAGAUGGGACUCGGCUGCUGACAGAGAAAAAGCAAAUUUUGGAGAGAUGGGCUGAACACUUCAACCAGGUACUCAACCGCCCUGCCAAAAUCAAUGAUGAGGCUAUUGCUCGCCUACCUCAGGUGGUGAUCAACCUGCACCUUGACAACCUCCCCACAGAAGAAGUCAGAAAAGCCAUCUGGCAACUUUCUUGUAGCAAAGCACCAGGAUCAGAUGCAAUCCCUGCUGAAGUCUACAAAGCAGGAGGCCCAUUCAUGAUGCAGAAGCUGACUGAGCUCUUCCAGUCUAUGUGGAAUGAAGGAAAGGUUCCGCAACAGUUGAAAGAUGCCAGUGUAGUCCACAUCUACAAUAGGAAAGUCAACUGCCAGUCUUGUGACAGUCACUGAGGCACCUCCCUCCUGUCCAUAGCUGGGAAGAUCUUGGCUCGCGUCCUGCUUAAUUGCCUUCUCCAACACCUUGAGCAAGGUCUCCUCCCAGAAAGCCAGUGUGGCUUCUGUGCAGAGCAUGGAACUGUCGACAUGAUAUUUGCUGCACGCCAACUCCAGGUGUUAUGAGUGAUAAACAGACCUGAUGGAAACUGGUGUACAGAGUUAACCAUUUCCACCCCACCCCCCGAGAACUAUGAACUAUUGCUAUUGCUAUGCUGCUACUGAGCGAGAGAGAUGAAACCCAGGCAAGGACAUCUGCUGCAGAUAAGAGGGAGAGAGAGAUUGUUGAUCUAUUGUAUUUUGACUCUUCCUGGAUUAUUUACCUUUCACUACAAGGACUUUAUUUUGCUUGUUAACAUUCCUCAGGAGACAGCAGGAGUGGCCUGAUUUGAUGGACAGUCAUUCAAAGUUGAUGGCUAGCUGAAACCCCGUUAGUAGGGAUAAAAGACAGGUCUGGAGAGACACCCCUCAGACACACCAGUGGACACUGACUGAGUGUUGUGAACCCACAGAAAGGUGGGUGUUUCAGAGACCGAAUCAGGAGAUCAGUCAAUAAAGCUCACAGUGUUGCAGUAUGGCCGGUGGGGACUUGUGUGUGGGUCCACUCAUGCCAGAGUGAUGAGUUCACCACAGAAGAACGGUCGAGCUGAAGGACGGAGGGGUCAUAACUGAAUGGCCACAAUGACACGAAGGGCUAAAGAAAGCCACAGAAGGUUUGCCUGCUGCAACUCUCGCUCUCACUCUCUCUAACAAUUACAACACAACAACCAUAACUACCUCAGCAUGUAUGAACUGAACUGAACUUUAUACUUUUCUAUGACAAUUCAUUUACCCCUAAACAUCGACAGAGCUUGUGUAUUAUUGCUUAUUAUUAUUCCUACACUUUUAGGU